UCUUUAAACACAUUACUAUAAAAGACGAAUGAUCUUUCUAUUACAGCAUCAUUACGGAACAGUCUUAACUUAGUCAAAGUUCUGCACUUUGAACAAAAGGACUGUUGACAGCGUUAUGGCGAUUAAGUUUUUGUUGUUAUUAGUGGUCACCGUUGGCGCCGCCAACAUUUCGGAUUUACCUCAGCAAACACAACAGCAGAGUCAACCGGAAAACUCACAAAAUCGAGACCAGUCACAAUUGCAACAACCGAGCGACCGACAGCAGCAACAGCAACAAACGCAAACGAGAUAUGCUUCCGAUAGUGAUGACCAAAGAAACGAGGAACUGGUUGGUUAUGAUUUCUCCUACUCCGUUCAGGACCCAAUCACCGGCGAUUACAAAAGUCAGGAAGAAUCACGACGAAAUGGAAAUGUGAGAGGACAAUACUCCUGGAUUGAUGCCAAUGGGAUUAGACAAAUCGUGGAAUACCGAGCGGACGACCGAAAUGGAUUCAACUCGGAACAUCGGCGUGAGCCGGCUGCCCGACCUAAAUUGAGCCGAGUACUGAAGGUCAUUCCAGCACCUCUAUAUACUGUAGAUACUGUAAUAGCACCCGUUUACACGUCUGCUUCUCGCACGGAUCAUUUACGGACCCGCAGUCAGGAUAGCCGUGAUAACCGCGUGGAGGAACGUGAUCAUGAUGGGCAUGAUAAUCGAGACAAUCGAGAUGAACGCGAUCGUUCGGAUCGACGUGAUGAACGGCUCGAUGGGCUCGAUCGGAGCCAUGACAGCCGACGGGCGCAAUCAGAAGUGAGAUUUCAAGAUCCAACCGUCACUUACCAGUACACGUACUGAACAAAAAAAACAGAUAGACUGCCCUUGGAAUGGAAACUCAUAGCCAAUUGCUCUGUUCAACACUUUAGUCAAUGUAUUUGCAAAAUGAAAUAAAAGUCCACUGAACACGAAACCAAAAA